CCCAUGAGUGUUUGGACGGUGGGGCAGCGUGCAUUUGGGAUUUUGCUUUGAAUCCCUGUUCCAGACUUAUUACAUCUUAUUGCGAAAGCAAGCUUUUGCUGGCUGAAGUCCUCUUGCUUUAGGAAGGUAAUGGCAAGGGCUGAGGGCUGCAACUUCAAUGGAGCGGAUGGAGAAUGCGGACGAAAGUGAUACGCCUGAUGCGCUUCAUCUCUCAGGCACGGUGUUCACUGUUCACCAUAAAUUUGCGAAUUGAUGCACAGAAUUUGAUGGAAUUGACUAACAGGGCGUAACCGAACAUGGACUCAAAGAAGACAAUAGAUUCAUAUAAACGUAAAAAAUGCUAUGUCACGACCUACAUUCGAAACAUUUCGAUUUUCCAUCAUUUCCUCACUUCUCAGGUGAUUCAGGUUGAAAAAUAUGUUCCAACAGUCGCCUUCGUUUUUGUGUGGUACCUGCAAGCGGUGGAUGAUUUCCCUGGGUUGUUCUUGGUGGCACUCUGUAACAAAGUCAUCGUGUGCUGCCUGUCCUGCGAGCGCCACGCGACUGGGUCCUCGUGGACGGCCAAGCUGCCCCGCUGGCUCUUCUGGCUCAUCGUAAUGGAUAUGCUGCGGCUGGCAAUUUGGGAUAUGCUACGGCUGGCAAUUUGGGACACUGUGGCGGAGACGCAGUACUGGUUUGUCCUGGGCUGCAAUUUGCUGUGCAUCCUUCUACCUGCAUUUUUGCCGGACAAAAUCUUUCACAGAGCUUUCUUCCAUGAUCCGUACAGCACACGGAAAAACUCAAAGCGCUUGCAAGGGCCAGGCGUCAUUGAUUCCGCAGCCAAGGAGCUAGCAACUUCCACGAACAAAGUCGAGCCAAAGGAACCUCUUGAAGAAGUGCAGAAGGGCAAUGCCGAACGGAACACUUUUCUAUGUCGCCAUUCCAUACCGCUUUGCAGAAACAAACAAGACUGCACAGUUGAGAACUGCCGGUUUUGCCACGAGUGCAAGAGACCUGGCAAACGAAACCGGGAAAGGCAAGCAAAGCGUAGAGCCUUGUCCCCGCUUCAGGACCAAAAAAUGCGGGGAGAUGUAAAUCUGUUGCUCAGGUCGCCCUUGGGUGAAAAAAUACGGGAACCCUUCAGUCAUGUGCAACUUGCAGUACCAACAUAA